GGCGCCAUUUUUAAAAAUCCCUGACAAUCCCCCAAGAAGAGGGUCUGCGAGACACUGGGCAUCUCUACCCUCACCUAGCCUGGUUCAUUGUGAUCUCCCGGAACCUGGCACGUGAGUAGCUCAGGCGCAGCUUGCCCCCAGAUGAGGGCAUUUGGUAAUGCAUGUGUUGGCAUAAUGACUUUCAAUGCCAAUACCAUAGUUUAGAAGGUUAAAAAGCCCCCCUCUGUCCCCCCCCCCCAGCUGUUGUAGAACUACAAGUCACAUCUCUGCUUUGCCAGCCUUAAGGGUGUCAGUGCAACUUGGGAGUUGUAGUCCAGCAAUAGCUGGAGGUUUUCCUUUUCUGUCUCCCCCUGAUCUGAAGGUACAUGGAGGUACUCUGCCUUUUAUUGUAUUACUGUAUGACCCUGCAGCCCUCUCCUGACCCAAUUACUACUUUAUAUAAUGCCCAGUGACGGAGACAGAACUGAUUUGUUAAAAUAAUAUUUAUUAUUCUCUUUUUAUUGAUUAGCUGAGGAAGGUAGGAGUGUUAAACUAUUCCAUUUAUUCCUCCUGCUGGCUUACAAGUUACUGUUUUUUUUUUUUUUUAACUUGUAUAUUGCUAUAUAUUUAUGUGCCAUGUGUGUUGUUUUUGGAUAUUGUCUAUCUGGGAGAUGCAGUAGAAAGGCACAGGAUCAUUUGAGAAGUUGCAUAUCUAUGCAGGAAGAAAAUAUCUUCUUUCUUAUUUUAUUAUAAAUAUCUUGCAUAUCCUCAAUUAAAACUACUGCAGUGCAAACUGUGUAUGCUUUUUGCUGUUAAAGGAUCAGCGUUGGUUGUAUAUAUUUGCACAGUGUGUUGGUUAUUGCUGCUGUCCCUGUUUAGGCAGUUGUCUUGGUUGCUAUGGAGAUAGAACGCUGCUGUCGCUCAGUUAAUCGCUGGAAAUGCAGCCAUUGAACUUGAUCAGUAAUGUGUUAAUUCUAAACUUUGUUAAACCAGAAAAUGUCCUAUCAGCUCCUACAGUAGGAAUUUUCCCUGCAGAAGCCUUUGUUAGAUGAGAAUUAAAAAAAAAAAAUAGUUUUGGUAGCCUUUUACUGUGUGUAUGUGAUUGAUUGAUUUAUUUAUUUUAUUUAUUUUUAAAUUAAAGCUAGUACAACUGAGAACCAGUCUGAACAUUGUGUUGCCCUCAGAUGUACCUAUUAUGUCAGUCUUGCAUUUUUUGUUUACAUUUUUUAUAACUGGGUAAUUCAGUAAUCUAGGUGUAAGAAACCUUUUGGUAGUGGUAUACAAAAAUAAUGCUUUCUAGUCUUUUGGAGUGCCGUUUUUACGUCUUUUAAAAACAUGUGUUAACUACUUUGUAUUCUUUAUUUAAUUACACACAACGAUAUGCAUUUAUUAGGUGUUUUAUUUAUUUUCCAUUUUACAAAAAGUGCAGAUUUCAAUAGAACGUGGCAGUUUUAUCAAUUAAAGGGGCACUAUAGUUAUCAAGCUGUAUUGGUUCUGGUGGCUAUAUAGCAGGUCCCUGCAACUUUAGCACUGUAAACACUACCUUUUCAGAGAAGAGGCAGUGUUUACAUUGCUGGCUAGUAAUACCUCUAGUGGCAGUCGUUCAGAAGCGCUUCCUAGUCCAGUGCUUCUUUUCAUAAAACAAGAAUAAUUUAAAGAAACAAGUUCAUCACUCCAAAUGGUUCAAUCGUUUUUACUGGUGAUUAACUAGCAACAUUGUAACAGACACUUAAAGAGACACUAUAGCAAUGGCGACUAGGAAAUUUGUCUUGGCGCCUAGGAUAAGUGAGCCAUUUCAGACCCCAAGUGGCAGGCAGCUCAUAGUGAGCGCAGACGGGCGGCCGACAGGCAGGCGGCCCAUGGCGCAAGAUUACCUGAGGCAAGCAGGUGGCUGACUGAUUACGGAGGCAGCGAGGGAGCUGUGAUUUUCCUGCUCCCUUGCACGUCCAGUGAUGCCUAAGACCGGAAUCUGACGUCAGGAAAAUGAACAGCCCCACUGGACCCCAGGGAAGGGUAGGGAGGCUGGGCAGGCAAAUUUAAAUAUAACUAAUAAUGUGUGUGUCUGCCUGUCAGCGAGUGUUGGAUCUGCCUGCCUUUUGUGUGUAUGUGUGUGUGUUCUGUCUGUAACUGUGUGUUUGUCUGUCAGUGAGUGCGUCAUAGGAAUAAUGCUUUUACUGACCUUUUUUCCAACGCUGUGUCGGUUUCGCCAUGGCUAAGAUCAUCAUCUCUUGAUGUUCUCAGCCAAUCCAAUGCUUUCCCAUAGGAAAGCAUUUGGAGACUAUUGUGCAUGCGCAGAAUAACAUGAUUUAAUCAAUGCACUCAUAUGGUGAGCAUUACGCGUUUUCAUGCAGAGCAGCACUGACCCAGAAUGCACCUCUAGAGACUGUCUUAUUGACUGCCACUAGAGGUUUUACUAGGCUGCAAUGUAAACACUGCCUUUUGUCUGAAAAGGCAGUGUUUAUUAUUAUUAUUGCCAUUUAUAUAGUGCCAACAGAUUCCAUAGCGCUUUACAAUAUUAUGA